AUGAAGUUAUCAACAGUUAUUUUACAAGGUUUACUAUUAUCAGGUAUCAUUGCAACUCCAGUUGCUAUACCAGAUGCUGCUGAAGACUCAAUUUUUACAGAAGGGCUCGACGUUGCUAAUUCUGAUAACUCAACAGACUUUCAUUUAGAAGGUGAUCAAAAAGGAUUAAAAAUUUGUCAAGAAGCAAAUAAAGGUAAAUAUUGUUUCAAAGAUGAUAUUAAUGGUGCUUGUGUUGAAGGUUAUAAGAAAAGAGCUCAUAUGACUGAAAAAGAUGCUAAAAAAGCCUGUAAAUUCUGGUGCAGUAAAAUCAAAAAUGCUGAUACAUGUAGAAAGCUUAAGGUUAAGUAUGAUUAUCAUCCAAAAUUUAAAUGCAGUGAACAAAACUACUGUUAA